AAAAAAAAACAGCACCAGGAACGAUCAAUUGCCCAAUUUUGACUGUCAGUAUUCAACACUUUGCGGGCUUUUUGCCCCCACUCGGAGAGGACGCUUCGACAAAGUGCGCUUCCUAGUGAUGAAGUUCCUCCCGUCACUUGGUGCUUUUUUUUCCCGCUGCAAUUCCAGGGAUGGCUAGUCAAGCUAACGUAGCUCGCUAACGGGUUAGCUCGUCCAUUUAGCCAUUCCCACUCCCCCAUAACUUAACCCGUUGUAUUAUAUUUGUUUUUUGAACAAAAAAAGAGGCGAAUUAUUUUUUUUCAGUGUGCGAGUCGAAUGAUAGUCGUUGGGAGCUCGACGACGUGUGCUCGCGGUAGAUGGACGGGCUGACGGGCGGCGUUUGCAACCACUGCGCGGGCGUAAAGUGUCGGCGUCGGGGCGGCUAGGCUUGCGGGUGGUCUCCGACAAAUGUGGCAGGGUCGGCCAGCAGUGCCCCGCUGUCUCCGGGACACGAGUGUUUAAUAAAAAACGGCUUUGUGUGCGUGUAGUUAAGCUUUCACGACUGAGCAACGGCGCGGGGAAUGAUUAAAAAGGUGUUGACAUACUGGGAAUCUGAUUUUUUUUUUUCAACCCCUCCAACGUUAGCUAGCCUGUUGUAGUUUUUUAUGUCCACCAAGAAAAUGCUACCUUCUAAAACGUCGCCUUUUAACACUCAUCUUCAGGCAAGUCUUUUUUUCGUGUAAACUGCUCAUUUGCAUACGAGUCUUAAGCUGUCAAAUAUUUGUCACCGGCAAAGAAAGUAGCGUGAUCCCAUUCGGCUGCACGGGAUUCCAUUGACUUGAGCUCGGAAAACCUUUUAUUUAUUUAUUUUUUUCCUCGAGUACCCCUUUCGUCCGUCACACGGGGCUUUUCUGGCUCAUGCGGUGAUGACUCUUGACUCCAUGAUGGCUUGUUGCCUGAGUGAAGAGGCGAAGGAGUCGAAACGGAUUAACUCGGAGAUCGAGAAGCAACUGCGGCGGGACAAACGGGACGCCAGGCGGGAGCUGAAGCUGCUUCUGCUGGGUACUGGCGAAAGUGGCAAAAGCACUUUUAUCAAGCAGAUGCGAAUCAUCCACGGGUCAGGCUACACCGAUGAGGACAAGAAGGGCUUCACUAAACUGGUCUAUCAGAACAUCUUCACUUCCAUGCAGUCCAUGAUCCGUGCCACAGAGACCCUCAAGAUCCCAUACAAGUUCGAACAGAACAAAAACAACGCACAGCUCGUGCGAGAGGUGGAUGUGGAGAUGGUGACAUCGUUCGAUCAGCCGUACAUCGGCGCCAUCAAGAUGCUGUGGGCUGACCCUGGCAUCCAGGAGGCCUACGACCGCAGAAGAGAGUACCAGCUCUCGGACUCCACCAAAUAUUACCUUAGCGAUUUAGAACGAAUAGCGACGUCGGGGUACGUGCCCACUCAGCAGGAUGUGCUGCGGGUUCGUGUGCCCACCACUGGCAUCAUUGAGUACCCGUUUGACCUGGAGAAUAUAAUUUUCAGCUAUCUUAGCGAUCUGGAUCGUAUCGCUGAAUCUUCCUAUCUACCCACACAACAGGAUGUGCUUAGGGUUCGGAUCCCAACCACUGGGAUCAUAGAAUACCCUUUCGACUUGCAAAGCAUCAUUUUCAGGAUGGUGGAUGUCGGUGGCCAGCGGUCGGAGAGAAGGAAGUGGAUCCACUGUUUCGAGAACGUCACCUCUAUCAUGUUCCUGGUGGCACUCAGCGAGUACGACCAGGUGCUGGUGGAGUCGGACAAUGAGAACCGCAUGGAGGAGAGUAAAGCGCUGUUCAGGACCAUCAUCACAUAUCCUUGGUUUCAAAACUCCUCUGUCAUCCUUUUCCUCAACAAGAGGGACCUGUUGGAGGAGAAGAUUAUGUACUCUCACUUGGUGGACUACUUCCCGGAGUUUGACGGCCCUCAGCGUGACCCGCUGGCAGGCCGCGAGUUCAUCUUGAAGAUGUUUGUGGACUUGAACCCAGACAGCGACAAGAUCAUCUACUCGCACUUCACGUGCGCCACCGACACGGAGAACAUCCGCUUCGUCUUUGCCGCUGUCAAGGACACCAUCCUGCAGCUCAACCUCAAAGAGUACAACCUGGUGUGAAGCGCUACGUGACACAAAGCGAAAGAGAGGGAGAGAGCAAGCCACACACACACACACACUCACACACAUUGUAUUAUUUACUUUUAGACAAAUACACAUUUUGCAUGGAACACAGUCAUCAGCUUCGCUCCACGCUUUGCUAUCUUUUUUCGGGGCUCUUGUUGCUCACCACAGUGUACACUCUUCACCUGAGCCGCUUUUUGGGGGGAAUUCGUGGUUGAACCUACUAUUUUAUCAACAGCGCUUGCGUGUCGGAGGUUGGCCCGUGUUGAAGACUUUACCGUUUAAAGGGCUCUCUCCCUUCCUUUGUACGCCAUACAUGCUGUACACAGCAACAGUAUGCUCACCUUAAGGAAUAGAAUAUCUUUCGGUGUUAAAAGAGAACUCUCCCAAUUCAGAGUACACUUGUUGAAUGUAAAUAGUUUUGCUUACACACAGUCAGAUGACUUAUCUACUUUUUGCCUACUUUGGAGUAACAGUGACUACAUUCAGAGGAUCGUGACCCUCCUACAGACCCCCCCCCCCGCGUUUUAAAGUGAACUCCGAUUGAAAUGACAAAUACUUUUAAAUUUACGACAAACAUUUAAAUUUGCACCUACUGAAAUGCAGUGGUAUAAAUGUAUAAUUUACUCCUAUAAAUUCAGAUUUUUUUCGACCAUAAUCUCUCUUUCUGCCAUGUUUUAGUGUGCGCAAAGCAUUCUGGGAAGGAUGACGUGGAUUGGCUGUUGCUCUCUGCGGAGCUACGCUAGCCACCUUCGAAAAACUUACAUUAUCAGUGAAAAGAGUUAAAGAUGCCAUACUGUGCUGCUUUUGGAUGCAAUUUCUAUUCAGAACAGAAUGCAAAAAGGAGAUAUGAAUUUGUUGCUUUCUUCCGUUGGGCUGUGCUUGGAAGAUUUGAGCUGCCCAAGGACAGCUGUCUUCUUGUCAUUUCAGCCGAGAUCGUUUUUUUUUUAUUCUUUCCUCACAAGGAGCCUCAACGGCCGCAUGACAAAUAAAAGCUGAGCAAAAAGAUGCGAAAGACAGCCGGUCUUGUUCAUCCCCCUUUAGCAGUAGUUACAAAAUACACCACUGAAUAUGACCAGCUCAGGUUUGUUCACAGCCAUCAUCUUCAUUCUCAUUUCUUGUCUUCCUCGCUGUCCUCAUUUUCCUUUUCACGCUCUGGCUCGAAAAAUGACUGUACGGCGUUCGUCGCUGCCAAGAGAUGCUAUGGUGGCUUCUGCUAAAAACACCGGGCGACGGUGACAUCCCCCUUUUGACCUCACUACCGAAUGCAGUGCGAAACAAAAACAAUGGCGGCCUAUGAUGAAAUUUGAUUUCUUUUAAAAAUAUAAAUCGGGAAUUGAUUAUCGAAAGUUCUUAUUCUUAUGUAACUCAAGUCGAAAGGGAUCAUGUAUGCCAAACGUCAUUGGAAUCGGAGUUCACUUUACUAAAAUUUACCCUUUAAGAAGACAGACAGCACUACCACUACUUUUACUGCAAAUCAAUCCACUCUUGCCAAUUAGACACCACGUUUCUUUUUUUUUUUUUUUUUUUUUUUUUUUUUGUAAAUAGAAAUAUAUUGCCAGUAUUCCUUUGGUGCAUGAGUGGAUCUUGUCUGCCAUGCAAUUCUCUGGCCCUCAAGGCAUAUGGAAUUAUUGAUUGUAUACUUUUCUGUAAAUAGGGGUUUCCUAUUCCUCAAGUGAUAGGGGUUUCAGAGGUUUGGUUAAAUUCUGACCUUGUGAAGUUGAAUUAUUAAUGCUUUUCCUUUUAUGCCAAGUCCUCCACCCGCACACAAAUGCAAAUUCAAUUUAGCGUCAUCCAUCCAUCUGAUGCUCACAGCGAAUCAAAUAGCACGGAAAAAUUACCAAACAAAAAUGUCACAAAGCGCAUGUGCCGAAAAGAUCUUGUCUGGAUUUACUUACAAGGUCCUUGAUGCAAUUAUAUACCCGUUGAGUUAAAAACACAAAAGACAAUAUUCAGAUGUAAAAGAGGAAAUUGCUCCAGUAAACAAGUUAAUUCUAUCUUCUGCCAUCUAGUGGUAAAUCAAAUCAUCCUGCCUGUCACUGUAGUUAGUGGCAUAAAUACAAUGAUCCGUUAUUUGUAGAAUAUAAAUACUGUAGUUAUUUUUAUACACUUGGAUAAUUUUCCAGUGGCUCAGUGGUUGGAAUAUGAGCAAUCUGAUAAACUCAAAAAGGAGUUUGUUGAUUUAUCCCAUGGAAAAUUGCAAAGUAACUUUCAGUGGCCGCUUUAAAGCAAACUGGCCGAUUUUAUUUUUUAUUUUUUUUAAGGUUCACAACCACUAUUCAAAUGUGCAGGUGUUAGGUUGCCUACUGAAUAUGGAUUUUCACCAGAGCAGAAAUUAAACUUUUGAGAUUGAUAAGCCCUAAUAUGGUGAUUUAUUUGAACUGUUGGUGAGGAAACCAAGAAAUUUCAAUUUGACCUUUUUCCCACCCUCACCCUCAAAACCUCAGUGCAGCUUAAAUGAAAUUAGUUUUUAUUUAAUAAUUUAUUACAGAGUUUAAAAGCUUAAAAACAUGAAAUCCUCUUGAGGACUUUGUAACAACUGACAGGGAAAAGGUUCCCCUCAAGGCCCAAAUGUACAGUCAACCCCUUAUAUUCACUCAUCUAGUCGCUGUCACCUAUUCCUUCUUUUCGUGCUCUGACCAUAGCCAUGUCUAAUCUACCAGUAUUUCGGUAGAUGAUAUCUUGGGUCCACAGAACUCUGAGGUUAGUACAAGUACAAUUACUGUUCUAAUUGGAAAACAGCACUUUUCCGCCAUGUUCUGGCAUCUGUAUGCAGUUACAAACCUUUUUGGGUGGAUGUCACCGACUCGUUUCAUCCACCAGGGGUUCACUGUACUGCUGAAUCGUUUAUGACGUGACAGUCCAUUCUAACUUGUGAUUGGUUUCCUUUUUCUUCUGACGCUAGAAGCUACAGUACAUUCAACCCCCAUGUGCACACCAUUUCAUGACCGUCAUUAUUAGUAAUACUAGUAGAAGGAGCAGUAAUGGUAGUUGUGCUGCCGGUUUGCUUUUCAUUGAACUGGAUUGCUUCAGUUAUUAUUUUUUUUCUAUUCCUGUGAUUGACUGGCACAUUUGAUUACUCAGAAGUAGUUCAUUGACUUAGCUGUUUUUCCUCUGUAAGAUCAGCGGGACCUCCUUGAGCUCGAGCGAGACUGGCUUUUAUACUGCUGUAAAAUACAGGAGCUAUUUUAACGGAGACGGCGUUUUAUCUUUCUACGUUCAGCCGUCUGUUUUUGAAAACGCUCGAUGGUCGAAAUGGCGGCGUUCGUCUCCAUUUUCGGGUUCACGCUUUAUGCAAAAAUCAGAAAAUGAAACAAAAAAAAUAAAAUUAAAAAAAAACACUUUUAGUGGUUUAAUAUUUACUGUCAGAGCAUUCUUGAAUUUUUGUAAUUUUAAAGCAGAAUAUGUUGACAGUUGGUACCAAUCCCAUAUCGUGUGUCUCUUGACGUUCUCCCCUUUUUCUCUAGAGCGGGGUUCCCCUAAACCGACCCUUGGGUCAGAUAUUUUUCUCUCAUUAAGCAGGCACAUUAUUUCUCUGUAAAGGGCUUUUUGAUUCUUUGUAGUGUGUUUCUGAUCUGGUUCUGUGUACAGUGCAGUAUGGCAGUGAUGUAUUUUAGUGGGAGGGGGUCGGGAGGCAGCAACCUUUUCAAUUUUGACUCGAUCCAAUUGGGGAGGCCCUUCUCUAUAGCGCUUCAUUUCGCAAUGUAAUUUAAGUUGGUCGCCAUUACAAGGGCUACGACAAGCAGCUUUGGGUGGUAAUAGUGCUAUAUGAUUGAUGUGGGGGCCGGGGCGGGUGUUGGGGGCGCGUCUAAACCACAGAAGCCUAGAUAUGACAUUCCUGGUGGCUUUUUCUUUUUUUCACAUUUUGCCUUUUUACAAGACAAAAAAAAAGCAUCUCACGUGUUUUUCCCUCUGAAUUUUGUCCCCUUUUCUAACAUUUCCACACAGUCACGGUCAUUGCUGCUUAAAACUUCUCUCAGUUUUGAAGGUUCCAGUUUGUCUGAAAAAUGCAAGCAAGCGUCCUCAUUAAAGUCAGAAGAAGGUCGAGGUGUCCCUCCUUUUGUAUAACAGUGUUUCGACCACCUUCGUUGAGCCGAGACACACAGUUACAUAUUUUACAUAAGUAAAUCUCACAACAUUCCAUCCGACCGAAUUUCACAAAAUGUAUAAAGUGGAGUAAUGAUUGUGUUAUUACAGAAGAGCAUUUAAUUAUUCUACCUAUCACUGUACAUUGCUGGCAUUGAUACAUAACCUGUUUUUCAGUGAAUAAAUUUUUGACCGUUCAAGUAAAAUUGGAUAAUUUCCUGGGAUACGUGUUCCAUGCUUUCAUGCAACACUUAUGUGCAAAGGUAUUGAGAAUCAUAAUUCUAUAGAGGAUGUCAAAAUCACCCCAAAAUGAAAAUGAUAUAUACUGUAUUUCCUCAAUUUUACUAGACAAAUACCUGUCAAAUGGGAAAAGAGUAACAGUCAUUUAUUAAAAGGUGUAAUGGUAUGCUGCAAAAUCUGGUUUUGUUACUAUUCAUGAAAAAAAAGCCCAAAGAAUAAUAAUUGUAACCGAUUUAAUAUGAAACCAAAAAAUCAGACUAAUAGCAGAAAGGUCUCAUUAAAUAUUACAAAUAAAAUGUCCAUUCCAUCCAUGCAUCCACUUUCUUCACCGCUUAGCUUCACUAGAGUGUUCACAUCAAUAGAAAGAUCUAUCCAUUCAUUACCUGAGCCGCCUAUCCUCACAAGGCUCGCAGGAGUGCUGGAGCCUCCCCCAGCUGUCUUCGGGCAGGAGGCGGGGUACACCCUGAACUGGUUGCCAGCCAAUUGCAUGGCACAAAUCACACGAUCACAUCCAGGGGCUAAUUUAGAGUCUCGAAUCAAUGCAUGUUUUGGGGAUGUAGGAGGAAACAGGAGUGCCCGGAGGAAAACCACGCAGGGGAGAACAUGUAAACUCCACACAGGUGGGGCUGGGAUUUGAACACCGGUCCCCAGAACUGUGAGGCAUACGCUCUUCAAUAGGAACAUAUAUUGGUAAUUGCUAGUAGUAAAUCUUCCACUAAAAGGUUCUUACAAUAAUACACAGAAUUUUUUUUUUUUUUUUUUUUUUUUAAAAUACACAAUUCCAAAAAAGUGCCACAGUAGCAAUUAUUACAUUUCUUUUUGCUUUGGUUCCAUUACAAGAGCUCGUGUGAGACAGUUUAAAUGUAUAUGAAAGUCGUUUGUACCACGUUCAGGUUUCUGUUUCACGCUAAUAUUUAUGCUCCUGUGAUGCUGUUUCAAAUAAGUUAACGAAUUGGACUCAUUGCCAAAAGCAUCUUGCGAGCCAAAGGCUCCGCUUCGCUGUUUGUUUACAGAGGAGAUUAUACACUUCCUGUCCCUUAGCACUUCUAUACCAUACACAGUAUCUGGAAAUGGGAAUACACUGUACAGUUACACCCGUAGUACUUUUUUCUGUUCACACAAAGAAUCGAGCUGUUGCUAACCAAAACGGCAACACCUGCUGAGUCACACAGCCUCAUAGAGGAAUACAAAGAGAGAUUUCAGGGACAGUGCCAAGCAAAAAUACUAUCACUAGUAUUUUCAAGUCAACUUUUUGUUCCAUUGAAGUAUGUUUGUAAUGGCUUUGUAAGAAAAUAAAAAAAUGCUAAUAAUAAAUGAAUUGAGAUGUGAAGCUACUGAAAUGGCUGUCAAAUUCUUGAAAUGAAUGAGACUUCUACCCCUCCACCGUCUCGCCCCCCUCUUUAUCGGACUGAGUCGUCUCCAAGGAUCAGAGAGUACUGAAAGGACUUGAUACUGCGCCCCCCCCUCCCCCCAAAAAAAAGGCUUUUGCUUUCAUUUGCUCCUGAUUAUUAACAGUUACGUCCAGGUCCGAUCAUUUUUGUAAGGAGGACAAGCUUUUCAAUGUGUAAAUUUUACGAUGACUUAUGAUUAUUUUUUUGUUUUUUUCAACAACUUUGUGUAGUGGUGUACAAAUUGAAAGUAAUGUAUUUUCUUUUUUUUUUUUUUAAAGUACAGUAUGCCAAAUGUAAAUUUUGUACAAUGUGUGCCAAUCCCCUUUCUUUGUAAAGCCAGACUCUUGAUUUAAUACUUAAGUGCCAAUGUUGUGAGAAAAGGGGAGUGGGGUGGAGGUUGGGGGGAUUCAGGCCCUGUGAAUUUUCAUGGUCCACUUUUUGAAAAGAAAUAUUCUAAAUAUGUGAUAAUUAACAAAUGUAUUCUUUAUUUAAGCUUGAUCUGCUGUU